CGCCGCAGCCCCACGCGCCGCCCAGGACCCACUUGCCACCACUGCCUCCGCAGUACCCAUGGGGACCAGGAGACUUUAAAGGAGUUUGGGGUUUCGGGAGCAGGGAAAUCACGGAUCCCCGCUCCUGGCCCUUGCCUCGUGCGUCAUUGAUGGGCAACCAACUGGACCGCAUCACCCACCUCAACUACAGCGAAUUGCCCACGGGGGACCCCUCUGGGAUCGAGAAGGACGAGCUACGGGUCGGGGUCGCCUACUUCUUCUCGGAUGAGGAGGAGGACCUGGACGAGCGCGGCCAGCCGGACAAGUUUGGAGUGAAAGCGCCCCCGGGGUGCACGCCCUGCCCGGAGAGCCCCAGCCGCCACCACCACCACCUGCUGCACCAGCUGGUCCUGAACGAGACUCAGUUCUCCGCCUUUCGGGGCCAGGAAUGCAUCUUCUCCUGGUACCGCUACCGCCCGCUGCUGGCCGAGCUGGUGGUGCAGAACGCCUGCGGCCACCUGGGCCUCAAGAGCGAGGAGAUCUGCUGGACGAACUCGGAGAGCUUCGCCGCCUGGUGCCGCUUCGGCAAGCGCGAGUUCAAGGCCGGGGGCGAGGUGCCGGCCGGCGCGCCGCCGCCGCAGCAGCUGUACUAUCUCAAGGUGCACCUGGGCGACAACAAGGUGCACACCGCCCGCUUCCACAGCCUGGAGGACCUCAUCCGCGAGAAGCGCCGCAUCGACGCCAGCGGCCGCCUGCGGGUGCUCCAGGAGCUCCCCAGAGGCACCAUCCCCGCCCCCAAAGGCGCCAAAAGACCUGUCGGAGGCGAGGGUGGAUCUUUUCAGGGCGCAGCACUCCGGCCUGGAUGUGUCCCCAGAUUGCAGGAUUUCCAAGAAAUCGAGCCUGUCCCUUAAGCACUUGUGAAUCAUCCCACCAGGAGAGAGCACCUCGGGACUCCGGGUCACCCCGAGCUGCCCGGGACUGUUCCAGCUCUCCAGCCCUGAGGCCCGCGGGUUUUGUAUUCCCGGCUGCGGGCUAAGCUAGACAGUGUUUGUUUCCUAUGAUUUCCACCCGGGGAAGCGCACGCCACCCCCUCCCACCCGCAUUCCCUGUGAGGCCCCCCCAGCCUGACGGGAGGGAAGCCUUCCGAGUCCCCUUCCCCAGAGGGAAAUGGUGCAGGCCCGGCCCAGGCAAGGAGAAGGGCGCUUGUUGCUCUUCACCCUACCUUGCUCCCUCCUUGGGCUGCAUUUCAAAAACCAUCCUAUUUCUAAAGGGGUUGGAGGAGAGGGAGAGGGAACGACGAGGGAAUGUUCCAGAAACCAGCAUUAUGACAAUGCCAGCGCAGGUCUGUUUAGUUUGGCUUUUCCUAACAUAGAAAUCUUAGAAGGUGGGGAAGUGCAAAUAACGUUUUAAAAAAUGAGGGGGCAGUGCUCCAACUAUGUCAACCAAGCAUAUCGUGUUGAUGUUUUUAUUGACCAUUUUAGCAACAUGCUAAUAAAAUUUCAAAUUGAAAUUUU